CGACGACAUGGAAUUUAAAAAGAGCACAAUAAUUUUUAAGACUAUUUUAUCGUAAUCGUUUUCUUAUUACUUCACAGUUCACUGUUGCAAUGGUGUCCAACAAUUACACUAUUCUUCUGUUGGAUUAACGAUGGUUUUCAUCAGAGCCUAUUCAAAUCGUAGUUGUAAUGCUCUGUCCGUGGCGAGUACGCACUGUCCUCUGUUGAAAGCGUACUUGGAUAGUCGUAGAAAUCAAAAAUGCCUAAAGUAUUCAACCAGCACCGGUGCUUUGCCGAAAAACUGCAAAGUCGCGAUCUGCGGAGGUGGAGUCAUGGGAGCAUCUGUCGCCUAUCAUUUAGCUCAACUAGGAUGGGGUCCACAGACCAUAGUCAUCGAACAAGACAAGUUAGGUGGCGGAGAGAAUUCUUUUUCGUCAGACCUAGUUGGUGUGUUCAAACCCACACUGAGUCAAGUCAGACUCUGUCAAUCCAGUGUCAAGCUCUACCAAGAAUUAGAAUCUCAAGGUCUCCAAACAGGCUGGAAGCAAUGCGGUAGCCUUUGUGUUGCCAGAACUAGAGAUCGCAUGACUGUUUUUAGAAGAAUGAAAUCCCAAUCUGUUUCUUGGGGCAUUAAAUGUGAAAUAGUUGAUCCUCAAAAAGCGAAAGAACUCUGUCCACUUAUUAGAAUCGACGACAUUAAAGGCGCCUUGUGGAUACCUGAGGAUGGUGUUGCAGAUUCUUACAAGAUAUGUCUCUCUCUAUUAGAAGCUGCAAAACAAAAAGGUGUUGUUGUACUUGAAAAUUGUAAAUUAUUGGAAGUAGUCUGUGAUAAUGGUAAAGUUGUUGCCAUUGACACAUCAAUGGGAUCAGUUGAUUGUGAUUAUUAUGUAAACUGUGGUGGUUUUUGGGCACGAAAAAUUGGACAACGUAGCAAUCCUUCAGUCAAAAUACCUCUUCACCCAGUUGAACAUUAUUAUCUCCGCACAAAUGCAAUUUCAAAUCUUGACUCUCUAACACCAGUUGUCCGAGAUCAAGAUGGCUCUAUAUAUUUUAGAGAAUUAAAUGGAUGUAUUCUAGCUGGCGGAUUUCAACUCGAAGCUAAACCUGCAUUUGAAAAUGCAAAAUGUCCAGAUAAUUCAGCUGGAAGACAGUUGCUGGCAGACUGGGAUCACUUCCAUGUGUUACUCGAACAACUAUUACAUAGAGUGCCAUCAUUAGCAAAUGCUUCACUCGACAGCUUAGUAAAUAUUGCUGAAACAUUUACCCCAGACUGUAAAUGGAUUGUUGGUCAAGCACCUGAAAUUGCAAACUAUUAUGUUGCUGCUGGUAUGAAGACUGUUGGUAUAUCAGCUGCAGGUGGUGUAGGCCAAGGAGUUGCUCAAACCAUCGUUAAUGGCUAUUCGCAAUAUGAUUUGUACGAAUUAGAAAUGAGCCGUUUCUUAGGAUUACAUAAUAACAGAAGGUUCCUUAGAGACAGAGUAAGAGAAGUACCUGGCAGACACUAUAGCCUACAGUAUCCAAACAAUGAGUUUAUAACUGGACGUAAUCUAAGAAUGUCUCCAAUAUAUCCAAAGUUGAAAGAAGCCGGUGCUGUGUUUGAACAAGUCAUGGGAUAUGAGAGGCCCACUUGGUUUGAACCGGAUCUGUUAAAAGUACAUUUACAUAGUUACACCAAUACGAGAAAGUUUAUUACGGCUAAAACUAAUACGUUUGGAAAACCUGAUUGGUUUGACAUUGUUGAGGCUGAAUAUGAAGCUUGUAGAGAAAAUGUUAGUCUUUUGGAUUAUUCUUCUUUCACCAAAUUGGAUAUACAAUCCAAAGGCCGAGAAGUGGUUGACUUGUUACAAUACCUUUGUUCAAAUGACGUUGACGUUCCAAUUGGCAGUAUUAUUCACACAGGCAUGCAAAACGUUCGUGGUGGUUACGAAAACGACUGUAGUCUCAUCAGACUGUCGGAAAAUCAUUACAUGAUGAUUGCACCGACGAUCCAACAGACGCGUUGCAAGAUUUGGAUCCAACGUCAUUUGCCAAGCGAUAAUUCUGUUUCCUUGACCGACGUUACUUCCAUGUUCACUGCCAUUUGUCUCAUGGGUCCUUUUACAAGACACCUAUUGUCUGAAAUGACAGAAACUGAUUUAAGUCCUAAAUCGUUUCCAUUUUUCACCUACAAAGAACUAGACGUAGGCCUAGCCAACGGCAUUAGGGCUUUAAAUCUCACUCACACUGGAGAGCUUGGCUAUGUUCUGUACAUACCAAAUGAGUUUGCUUUACAUGUUUACAACUCAUUAAUUGAAGCUGGGAAAAAGUAUAAUUUGAAACAUGCUGGCUGUUACGCAAUGAAAGCGUUGAGAGUGGAAAAAUUCUAUGCAUUUUGGGGCCAAGAUUUGGAUACAUCGACUACGCCAUUAGAAUGUGGUCGAUCGUGGAGAGUGAAGUUUGAUAAAGGAAUAAAUUUCAUUGGACGAGAUGCUCUGUUACGUCAACAGGAAGAGGGGAUAAAACGAAUAUAUGUUCAAUUACUGUUGAAUGAUCAUGAUCCAGACACUGAAUUGUGGUCUUGGGGUGGUGAGCCGAUAUUUAGGGACAAGAAAUAUGUUGGUGCAACAACAACGACUAGUUAUGGGUUCACAUUUAAAAAACAAGUAUGUUUAGGAUUCGUUCAAAACUUAGAUAAAAACGGCAAUGCUCUACCUUUGACAAACGAGUAUGUAAUGUCUGGAGAAUAUGAAGUAGAAAUAGCGGGCACACGAUACCCAGCAAAAGUAAAUAUUAACAGUCCAAAUUUGCCAACAAAAUAUCCAGACAAGGAACGCGAAUCGUAUCUUGCCACCAGGGAUAAAAUGGUAUCUGAACCAUUGUUGAGAAACAAUUGACAAGUUUAUGCAACAAAUUAAAUUCAUCCAUCCCCGAGUUUUCCUAAAUAUUUAAACAAGUUUGAGUUUCCUAUUUUUACUUAUCUCACCAAUUAUCUAGAUCUUAUAUUGUUUUGAUUUUAUUAUCAAAAAAAAGAUAAAAAAAAAACGAAAGUAUUACAGGCGUACUUGUAGCAUCAAUCGAUGUAAGUGGUAUAAAUUAUUCGAAUAACCCAAUGAGUAGAUAUUUUUUGAUUCCCAGCUAUUGUAAUAGAGCUUGCGUUGGUAGUGUCACAUGUAGAUGAUGUAGUAAAAAGCGUACAAAAAUUUAAUUUAUUAUAGAUUUGUAUUGUAAAUCUUAAAAAUUAAUGAAAAAAUUACACAUGUAGUUUAUAUUCAAUGAGAUUCCCACAGGUUAUUUAUUUAUCAAUUAUCAAGAUUCUGUACAACAUUUAUUAUUAUAAUAUUAUUAUAACUGUAAAUGCAAACUCUAGUCUUUAUGUAAUUCGUUGUCAACUUGUUUAUAUUACUAUUAUAGAUGUUUACAAAAUAUUUUUAAAUUGUAACAGUGAAUAUGAAUCAUUAUGUUUCUUGUAAAUUCUAUAAACUGUUCAAUUAGUGAAUUUGGACUUAAUGGUAAUUAUGUAUAACAAUAAACAGUAUACAUGAUAUUAUAUAAACAUCUAUAUUUAUUAAUUAUUUACAUCACGUUACUUAACAAAAAUGUUAUAAUUAUAUAACAAUUUUUUAGUGUCAUCAUAGAUAAUGUUUGUAAAAUGAACAGAUUUAAAUUGAUGUAUUUUUUUUUUAUCUGACAACAAUGGGUAUCAAAGUGCAUGUCCAACAUAGGUAUACCAUAUUAGUUUGAAAAAUCAACAGUACAUUAGUUAUUCUAUUUAUUAGACUUGUAUUAUAGUAUACACAGGAAACUUUACGACAUGAUUAUUGACUGUUCUAUACCCACCCUUGCAAACAUAUUAAAAUAUGCAUUACCAGUCUAAUACUUUAAUGGGAAUACUAUUUAGUUUUUAAUUAGUUUUAAAUUAAUUACACUUGAAUAAGUUAUAUAAAUAUUAUUGAAAAAAAAUUUGACAGUUCUAUUUCUAGUACAGUAAUAUUAUGUUAAUGAAAUUAUUAUAAUAAGCAUUGAUUAAAUAUACAAUAGUAUAUUUAAUCAAUGCAAUAAGUAAGCAAUUGUUUUGUUUCAUUCUAUAAAAAAGUACAAAUAAGAAAUUUAAUAUCAUCAUUAAACAAAUCCGGUCUGUUUAGUGUAAAAUAAUAUCAUUAUCAGCGAUUCUCUGCAUUUUCUCACGUCAAUCAGUAAAGUUUUAGAUUCUGAGCAAAGCAAUGAAUUUAUUUAUUUGACAAAACACUUAUUUUGUGUGUAUAUGUACAUUAUUUAUAGUAGAACAUUUUUCCUAAGUAUUUGCUUUAUUCUAAAAUUCCAAAUCUUUUCAUGUAGGGAAGUGAAUCUAUUAGGAACUUUUAGGAGGUCAACUUAAAGAUACUUUCCUGACAUUUGUUAACUAGGUAACUGGUUUUGUGAAACAUCGCUAUCCUGUUAUCCAAGUCCACCAAAAUUCGCCACAUUCCUUUUAUCUCACUGUCUUUUAUUUUUUUUUUUUACAUGAGUUCUAUGUUGUAUAGUGUUAUAAUAUGUAUACAAUUUAAAAUUGUUAUAUGUUGAUAUAAAUGUUAGAAAAUUAAGUUUUGUUACAAUGAUAAAUAGAAUUUAUACAAACAUGAAAUGUUUUUUGGUAAAAAUGAUUCGUUGGUACCUAAUUAAUAAUUAUCUGUAGGAAUAAAUUUGAUUUUGAUAGUUUUUAAAAUUCCGGUGAAUUUAUAUUCCUUUAUGGCUUUACUUUUAGUGGCACAUGUUUUUAGUUGAUGAAGCGGAGUUGCUAACUCCUGUUGUUUUUUGUUCUGCCGUUUUACUAGUCCCCAAAGACAUUCUAUGUUUUGAGUGCUCCACUCAUAGGUGGAGAUUCGAUUGAAUUUUAGAGGGGCUUAAAUAUUUCUUUACGAAAUCAGAAUUUGGAGCUUUGAAAAAUGUCCAAUAAUUUUAGGGGAGGAUAUGUCUCCUACCCACAAGCACCCCUCAAUCAACGCCUAUGGCUACUUUGAGGACAUAUACAAAGUUUAUGCACUCAAAUGUUUAAAACCCAUUUUUUCAUGUCCACAAGAGUUGUAUGCCCGCCAAUAAUAUAAAUAAAUGUUAAUAAUAAUUAUGUAUUACCUAUGUGGCUAUAUGUACUUCCAGUAAUUUUUUUUAUUUAAGGUAUUAGUUACUAUUAUAUUUUAACAAAUAUAUAUUUUAAUGCCGGGUACAGAUAUUUUUAUUUUCCCACUAGCUACUAGGUAUAUACAAUUAAUGGUUACUUAUUAAUAAAUAUU